AUGCAAUUGUUUAAUUCUUGGUUACUGUUCUGUCUUGCUGUCGUUUUGGCGAGCAAAGGCAAUGACUAUGGUAUACACCACCUUGAUUACCACAUCGACAACCUGCAAGAGAAAUUGACAAUCAAUCGAAAGGAAUAUCGCAAGCAUGUUAAAUCCAACUUGAUAGUACCCUUCAACUCUACAAGAAUACCGGGCAGCACUGAAGCGAUUAAGAUACAAGACUUUAUCAUACAUAACUUCAAUCAAUCUAUGUGGAAUGUUGAGAUAGACAAUUUCACUGAGAAGGAUUACAAUUUUACGAAUUUGGUAUUUACAUUUGAACCAGAUGAAGAUUUUGCGGACGACGACUACAUUGUGCUCGCAGCACAUUACGACACUAUGAUCUUACCUGAGGGUUUCGUUGGAGCGAUGGAUAGCGCUGCCUCAUGCGCUAUUCUACUCUAUAUUGGACAAUUUUUAGAAUAUGUUCAUGGCACAGAUGAUCAGCUGUUUGAUCCUAUACUCAAAAACGCAUCCAAAGGUAUCAAACUGAUCUUCUUUGAUGGUGAAGAAGCGUUAGUUGAAUGGAGCGACGAUGACUCAAUUUAUGGCUCCAAACAUCUGGCUGCCAAGUGGGAAAAAUCUGGGCAAUUGAAAGACAUUCACUUAUUAGCACUUAUGGAUUUGAUUGGAGGAAGAGAUAGACUUCCUAUUCCAAGCUACUUUAGGAACUCACAUGAGUACUACAAGAUGCUAAGUGAUAUUGAACACUCCUAUUUGCAACUAAUCAAGGAUGAGACACAGGACGUCAAACCUUUGAGGAAUCUGGGAUAUGCCAAACGGAAAUCCCUAAAUAUAAAUGACGACAGAUUCCUUAUCCAUGAUAAAAACUUUAUGGGUGAUGACCAUGUCCCCUUCUAUGAGAAAAAUGUGCCUAUCUUGCAUCUAAUACCGUCUAGUUUCCCAUCGACAUGGCACACUAUUAAUGAUGAUUUUAGGCAUUUGGAUCAGCAAACUAUUUAUAAAUGGGCUGUCAUGAUGAGCGAGUUUAUCAUUCGGUCUGUAGAAUCGGAUACACAGUAG